GACUUUUCCUUAAACCGGUGCCAAAAUCAAAUUUCGGCUUGCGUGAUCUGGUCUAGCAGGUUCAUAGCAUUUAAAAUAUUGUCAAAAUAAAUUCGCUUCAAUUUUGACAUUAUCAGAAAUUCGCUGUUUCAAAAACUCGUGUGUUCUGCAUUUGUUCUUUAUUCACAACUGUUUUAAAAAUACCAAUUUGAAAGAGAUAUAUCGUGAUUUGUAUAACGAAAUGGACAAGAACAGCGCAGCUUUAGUAAAGAAAUUGCAGUCUGAGUUAGAUGCCUACCAAAACCUGCAGAAAACCUGCGUAAAACUUGUCAAACAACGUACUCUCCUCGAAUCUCAGCUGAAUGAGAACAAAUGUGUUUUGGAUGAGUUAAAUCUUCUUGGUCCUGAUAAUAAAGUUUACAAAUUAUAUGGUCCUGUUUUGGUCAAACAAGACUUGGAAGAAUCACGACAGAAUGUUGGCAAGCGGAUUGAAUACAUUUCAAAAGAAUUAAAAGGUUCCAAUGACACUUUGGAAAACAUGGAAAAGGAUAUGACAAAACAUCGAGAAACUGUUCAAAAGCUACAGCAGCAAUACCAAGUUGCGGCGGCAAUGAAAUAAAAGAAUACACUAUGUCGUCUUUAGCAUUAUUAUAGCCAACGACUCAGAUGAAUGUAAAAAAUACGCAAUUCAUAUUUCUUAAAUAUAAUGGUCAAUGUUUUGAUUUAUAAUUUAA